GGCGGUUUCUUAUAACGUUCGGAAAUGCAGUUCAAAAAUGUGGAUUUCCAAAUUCGGACCAAAACUGUUUCUUAUAAGAUCGGAAAUGACACUUUUCCGCCUGAACAUUUUCGAUUUCACGUUUCCAACCGGCCAUGCGUUUGGAAAUGAUGAGCAUUUCCGAACGUGGACGCGAUCGGUUUUUUGCGUUUGGAAAUGCACACCGGGGGCACCGCACAUAUGCACAACAACAGCGCAGCAACUAGACCGCGUUCACCAUCCACAGCAGCACAGCAGCGAGUACACAGCUGCUGUCCUGUGUCUCGCGUGCACCGCGCAAACUCCCUCGCAUGCUGCUACUGGGCCUGUUGUUGGUGGUAGCCUGGGUCCGUGUGGGCACCAUGUCAUCGUCAGAAACGGGUGCCGUCAACGUGCCUGCUGCGUUCAGCGUCGCGUUGGCGGCUUUCAAUCAACAGCAGCAGCGCACGCUCGUGGCAUGGGAUCUUGUACUCGACGAUCUAGAUGAGCUCGAUCCCGACUCCGAAGAAGAGGAGGAGGACAACCGUGAGAUCAAGAGGCGACGCGUAUACCCUCGUAAGGAUUACAAUAUCUCUGGCUGGGCGAUUCAGCUGCAGGAGCUCAAGGAUCUCGAGGUGGAUGGAAUUGUCGACCCCACGAGCAGGCCUGCUCGCCGCUUCCGCGAGAGCUUUCGUCUCCCUUACCCUUUCUUCGUGGAGCUGGUGGCCCUGGUGAAGCAGAGGGAUUGGUUCCCGACUGGGAAGCAAGAUGCGUCCGGACGUCGGGGUAUCCCCGUGCAAUUAAAGGUGCUGGCCUGUCUCCAGAUACUAGCGAGGGGGAACUGCUUCGCAGACAUCUACCACAUGUCUUUCAUUAGCAUGCAGACGGCGGCAGCAACGUUUCACCGCUUCACCCGGUACUUCGCGAGGGAGAUGUACGCGGAGCACAUCUUUCUACCGACCGGAGAUUACCAAAAGAAGGUCAUGACCCAGUACGAUCGCCUGGGAUUUUCUGGCGCCACCGGUUCUACGGAUGUUACCCACAUCCCGUGGGGUAUGUGCCCUUACAACCAAGCCCGGUCUUAUACGGGCAAGGAAGGGUACCCGACUGUCGCGUAUCAAGUUACCGUAGACCACACGAAACGGGUACUUGCAGUAACGCCGGGGUUCACGGGAUCGACUAACGACAAGAGCAUCAUCCGGUACGACACGGCAGUCACCAAGAUUCGGGAGGACCCCAUCUACUCCGAAAAGGAGUUCACCGUGUACGAGGCGGAUGGGACACCUUACCAGCUCAAGGGGUGCUACCUGCUCGUGGACAACGGAUACCACAAGUGGGUCACCUUGAUCCCUCCCUCCAAGUACCCGAUUGACCAGAACGACCUGGCCUUCUCCAAGCGGCUGGAGAGCGUGCGGAAGGACGUGGAGUGCUUCUUCGGCAUCGUUAAGGGUCGUUUUCGGAUCCUGAAGCUGAGCAUCCCGUACCACAAGCAGGAAGACAUUGACAACGUCUUUUUCACGUGCUGUAUCCUGCACAACAUGCUUCACAGCUACGACAACAAGAGCGAGAUGGAGGAGGAGCCCAACUGGGCAGGGAACGCCGGGCUCCACAACGCAUGGGAGCACAACCCAUCGCUGGACUUGAGCUCGGUUGGAGCGAAGGGCUCGUCGGCCUCGACGGAGGACGUCGAGGUCGAGUCUGGGUUCAACACACGGAGGAAGCAGUUGAUCGCGAGCUUCGUCUACCGCAAGAGCAAGAACGACAUCGCGUGGCUCUCUUAGAUGUUCCGUAGUUGUUAGUCAGACAAUGCUGCAACAAGAUGUCGCACUCACAGUCACACAACACGCGGCCGCCAUGCUGAGGUCAUGGGGAACAUAUUUUUGUGUCGUCUUUAGGGAGAGGUUAGACCUACUGUAGAGGGUGGGUGUGUGAAACAAAAGAAACCAAGCUGUCUCUUGUUGUGCACUUUCUCGCUCGCGCUAAGUUGCUUUGGUGGAUUUGAUAGUUUGUUCCUUUAUUUCCUUGGACCCAAUUUGUACGAUGGGGUGUUUCGGGUCGGCCGCUCGGAGAGGGGGUAGGGAAUAGGAGGUAGUAAAUCACCCGUCGAGGACUCGCGUACAUGAUAGCCCGUUGUCGGUUCGUUGGUCCUUCCAGAAGUACCACGCGUGUUUGUGAACUCCCCUC